AUGAUGUCCGCUGGAUUUCAAUGGGGAAUCAACAAUAACCCCAAAACUGGAGACAAGCUAGAUACAUGUCAUCACCAAACGUCGUCUAGUCACCAACUUCAUACACCGCGAUCAGUAGCAGAAUCUAGUGUCACGAGAAAGAGGAAGCGGCUAGACGAGGGGGAAACCAAUGGAGAGGAUGAUAUUGUUGAGAAUGGGAAGCAAGACAGCAAACCUGAUAAAUCAUCUAUAUUGCUCAAUAAUCGCAAACAAUUCAACUUUACAUCCUCCACAAACAUCUCAUCACACAGACCAAAAAAUACACCUACGUUAACGUCACGUUCAACAACACCUGCAGCUGCAUUAUCAUCUAGGAACUACAAACGGAGCAAGACUCCUCGCAUAAUUGGCCAACCACUUCCACCAACGCGAAUCAUUGAGACUUUGGCCAAACCAGAAAUGACAAAACUACUCUACUCCUUACUCGAUAUCCAUCCAGAACUAAAUCAAACUAUAACCAGAAUCGCCCAACCACCAUCUAUACAAUCAAUCUUGUCUAUUUUGAGCAACAAACUUGACACCAUCAUCAAUUCAUUACCUUAUAAAUGCGACUCUAGUUCUGAUUACUCGUAUUUACGCAUCAAACCAUACCUUGUUGAUUUCUUGAAUUGUCUCGAAGACUACAUUUUGUGGAUAUUGCCACCGAACCAACAUGAUUAUGACUUGGUUUCAUCAUUGUGGUUUUUGCAUGAACUGACUAAUUUGAUUCACAAGUUGCCCAAUUUCACUAAUCUGGAAUUCCAGUAUACGAGGAAUUUAACUUAUGAAACGAUUAUCAACUGUUGGAUUAUUUUGUUUAACCAGGACUUGGCUAAUGACGAUAUUUAUCAAAUUUUCCAAAAGAGGAAACAUCCAUCUAAUCAGGGAGGACAUUAUCACGAUGAUGAUGAUAAUGAUAAUGAUGAAGAUGAAGAUGAGUUGAUUGAAAAAUUGAGAGUGCAUGAACGCUACUGCUCUAAGUUUGGCCAACUUAUUGAAAUUUACCAAGAGAAACUACACCAAUAUAAACAUGCAAUGCAAGAACAGUAUAGUGAUGGAGUCGUUGCUGCCACUGGUGGUGCCGGUGGUGGUGCUGUUGGCACUGAUCACCAUUUAAAUGGCGAUGGAACAGUUGCUGCGAAUUCCAGAUUGAACGAAUUUGUGACUGUUGAUUAUUCACAAUAUUCACUUGGUAAUCCAUAUAGAUAA